AUGAAUCGAAGCUCUUCGAUCCGGGGCCCGUUACCUUCUGGCUCCCAUACUAUACAAGCGUCCCCUCGUCGACGACGGCCCUCCGACCAUGUUGAGCCUUUAGAAACCCGAGGCGAGGGACGAAAACGUCGCCGUUUGAGUAGCUCUAAUGUAGCAACGAGUGCUCAAUCUGAGCUGGAUCAACACGAAGAUGAUAUCGAGUCCAUUGAUUUAACAGAGGUGGAGGCUCCCUCAACGUUAGCAAAGGUGCUAGCGAAGCAACGGGAGGACGCUGUUAGGGCCCAACAAUCCGUUGAGCCGGAGAAGGGGCAAUCGAUAUUAAACUCAUAUAAGUGCCCUGUAUGUAUGGAUACACCAGAGGAUGCCACUAGCACAGUAUGCGGGCACCUCUUCUGCCACAAAUGCAUCAUCGACACAUUGAAAUUCAGCGAAGAACAAAGAGCAGAUACCUCGUCAAAAGGCCCUCGAGGAACCUGCCCCGUGUGCAGAAAACCACUUGCACGGAACGACGCGCCAGGCUCCAAAAGGAAUCUCGUACCUUUGCAGCUCAAACUUGUCACAAAGAAGAGGAAUACAACUGUGCCGAGUAGUGGGUAG